AUGUCCUGCAUCCUCGCCCCUGUGCGCUCUCUCUUCUCUUUCAAGGGCGGAAGCAGCAGCAGCAGCAGCAGCCAUAAUACCAAGGACCGGAGCCAGGAUCUUGUGGCGCGCAUCCUCAAGGCCCACGAUGUCCUGAUCGGCCUGGACGACCUCAGCCCUGGCGAGGUGACCAAUAAGACGCUGGGUGAUUUGGUAGCUUUGUGUUGUGAAUCUCAUGAUUCCGCGACCGUCAAAAAGGUCCUUGCCAACCGGCGCAUAGCAAAAAUCCUACCGGCACUGCGACGUAUCUCGUCAGAGUCCGAGUGCUGCCUAGAGACGUACUGGAGCGAGCGCAUCGUCUCAGCGUCCCGGGACCCAGAAGAUGCCCUGCGUCUGCUCCAGUCCUUUCCCUACUACCAAAACUAUGUUGAGCUGGCGCGUCUGGAACUGUGCGCUCUGUAUGCCGUGGAGCCCCUUUUGCCGCGCCGCAUCGCCUUUGUGGGCAGCGGUCCCUUGCCGUUGACGUCCAUGUGUCUCCUGCGGUGCCUUCAUCAUGGCAGCAACAGCGACGAGGAGGAUGCACAAGACAAUGACAACGCCAACAAUAACUGCCACCGCACUCUGGUCGAUGCGUUUGGAGCCAGAAAAAAGAAGGACGAGGACGGCGGCAGUAGCAGCGCCGGCGAUGUCGACGACGACGAUGACGACGACGACGAUGACCUCUCAAAUGUCGAAAAGCUGGUGCCCAGUGUUCUCAACGUCGACAGCAACCCUGCGGCGCUCGCGGCAUCAGAGGCGCUGUGCGAAAAGCUCGGGGUAUGGAGUCGGGGCAUGACGUUCCAGAACUCGGAUGCAAAGCUGGCCUCUGGUCUUGGUGGCUUCGACGUGGUCUUUCUGGCGGCGCUGGUGGGCGUGUCGCCGCGCGAGAAGGAGGACAUCAUUAUCAGCGUCGCACGGCGCAUGAAGUCUGGUGCUCUCAUGGUGGUUCGGAGCGCUCAUGGUCUCCGUACCGUCUUGUACCCGGAGGUAGAUUUGUCUGGUAAUAGGCUACGUGAUGUGCUGCAAGUAGAGACCAUCACGCACCCGUACGGCAAUGUGGUCAACUCGGUUAUCAUAGCUAGGGUAAAAUAA